AUGAAAUUUGUAGAUUUGCUGCCAGCAUUCGCCUCCUGGGGCUUACUAUUUGUUCUGAAUACGAUUUAUUUCACUUUCAUAUGCCUCGAAUUUUCCCAGAAUACAUCAUGGGCAAUUUUCGUUAUUCAUAUGAUUUUUGCAUUGUUUGUUGUCAGCGUUUUCGCUAGGACUACCUUCAUGGAUCCAGGCUACUUUCCCGUUGGUCGGUUUUCGUUUUUAAUCUUUUACCCCAAUUCAGCUUUAGACACAGAAGCUCACUACUAUGAUGAAAUAGAUGCCCCAUCAUCUCAUGAAUACGAGGUGCGAGAGUGCGCGGUGAUCACGAAAUGGUGCAGUACUUGCCGGUUCUAUCGUCUCCCAAGAUCGACACACUGCUCCACUUGCAACAAAUGUGUCGAGAACUUCGACCACCAUUGCCCAUGGGUCAAUAAUUGCAUAGGCAGGCGAAACUAUCGAUACUUUUUCACAUUCCUCAUUACUGUCUCAUUGCAUAUGAUGGCUGUUUUUCUGGUCUCUUUGAUUUAUCUUAUGCAUUCCUCGCGGCCAAUGAAGCACUACACAAACAUUAUAGCGUAUCCUUUUGAAAAAAUACCAAACCGUCAUAUUGACACCGGCUCAGUGAAAGAGAUGAUUAAACUAAAGGAGAUGAAGCGAAAAAUGUACAGGCGUUGGGAAAUCAAUAAGAGAAAUGAUGUGGCCUUGGAAGCUAGGGAUCAGAUCCACUUGACCUCCGUGAAUGGUAGUCGAUUUUUGCGGAAUGUGCCGACCGGUGCCAGUGGGCGGCCCCUGCUUGGACCCACUGGUGAUGACCAGGCUGAGACUAUUCCGGGAAAUAAAUUUUUGUCUCAAACUAUGGAUAACAGACCGGUCACUGUGGAGCCUCUCCUUUACCCGAUCACUAAGGGAACCAAGUCGAACAACAGUCCUUCCUUGCGUGCGCAAGGUGGUGACUCUCGAGCACUGAGCCCGUCAAAAUGGAGCAACAAGGAUGCAGCGUCUCUGGGCACGUUAAACCGUCUCGCUACCCCCGGGAGGAUCGUUGGUGAUGACUUGAGCGUUGGCACACUGACUGCUAGUCCCGCUGCCUCUGCUAUAAGGGGUGUUGCGAUGGCUCACUCUGUCAGAGAAACGGCGCAGGCGCAUGGUGGUGGCAUCGAGGCGACAGGAACCGAGGUCAGUAGUAUGCUCAGUGGUGCCAGCGCCGGCACCAUCACCUCACCCUUUGCAGCCCAUGAAACUCAAAUAGCACCAGCAGAGUUUAGUUCAUAUCGCUUUCGCUUCCCUUCAUUGAGGUCUCAUUGCAACCUCUACGAGAACGGCGGUGCGGAUGUCUCCAAUUCCGUUGCAAAAGCCAUAAGUUGCGGCAGAAGCGAAGGCAGGAACGUGGACUCGGCAUGCUACCAGAAUGGUAUUGGUGGGGGCAGCGGUCGUGGUGGCGCCUACAUGUCCUUAUCGCGCACUGGAGGGAUCGAAAAUGCAGUUUUUCCAUCGACUGCCCUUGUGCAGCCACCUUUCAGCUCGCGACACUUCGUGCCCGGCGUCCCCCUCCGGCCUAAUUGCGCCUGCUCACACGACAAUGAAGCCACUUCCCCACUGGACGCCGUCUGUGACGAGGAUCGGCGCUUCUCGGCUUUCUUCGCGCCUCGAGCUGUCGCACCCUGCGCUUCCAUCGAGUCUCUUGGCUCUUACUCUACCCCCUCAGCCUCCUCUCUUGGCCUCAACGGACGCGACAAAUCCAACCCCUACUGA